CCAGCUUCCGGGUAGUUUCUUUUUAGUUCUCCUCGGAGUGGGUUGGCUGUCCCCGGGGCUCGGGUUCCGAGGGGACGGUGGCCUGGGCACCGAGAGACACAGACUCCCUUGAGGACGAAAAGCAUCUGCUCGCCGGUCAUGGCGGCGCUAGGCCCCGGCAGCCAGAGCGUCACCGAGUACGUCGUCCGCGUGCCCAAGGUGGUGCCUGCCACACUUAUUCAGGCCCGGCUAGAGCGGGACCUGAGCAACAAGAAGAUUUACCAGGAAGAGGAGAUGCCAGAGUCCGGUGCGGGCAGUGAGUUCAACCGGAAGCUGCGGGAGGAGGCACGCCGCAAGAAAUACGGCAUCAUCCUGAAGGAGUUCCGGCCUGAGGACCAGCCCUGGCUGCUGCGCGUCAACGGCAAGUCUGGCCGGAAGUUCAAGGGCAUAAAGAAGGGAGGCGUGACAGAGAACACUUCCUACUACAUCUUCACGCAGUGCCCUGAUGGAGCCUUUGAAGCCUUCCCUGUCCACAACUGGUACAACUUCACGCCACUGGCCCGGCACCGCACACUCACUGCCGAGGAGGCGGAGGAGGAGUGGGAGAGGAGGAACAAGGUUCUGAACCACUUCAGUAUCAUGCAGCAGCGGCGGCUCAAGGACCAGGACCAGGAUGAGGACGAGGAGGAGAAGGAGAAGCGCAGCCGCAAGAAGGCCAGCGAGCUGCGCAUCCACGACCUGGAGGACGACCUGGAGAUGUCCUCAGAUGCCAGCGAUGCCAGCGGCGAGGAGGGCAGCAAAGCCCCCAAGAGCAAGAAGAAGGCCCCCCUGAGCAAGGCGGGCAGGAAGAAGAAGAAGAAGAAGGGCUCAGACGACGAGGCCUUCGAGGACAGUGAUGACGGGGACUUUGAGGGCCAGGAAGUGGACUACAUGUCCGAUGGCUCCAGCUCUCCAGAUGAGGAGGCUGAGGGCAAGCCCAAGGUCACGCAGCAGGAAGAGGGCCCCAAAGGGGUGGAUGAGCAGAGCGAGAGCAGUGAGGAGAGCGAGGAGGAGAAGCCGCCCGAGGAGGAAAAGGAGGAGGAGGAGAAGAAGGCGCCCACCCCACAGGAGAAGAAGCGCAAGAAAGAUAGCAGCGAGGAGUCAGACAGCUCAGAGGAGAGCGACAUCGACAGCGAGGCCUCCUCGGCCCUCUUCAUGGCGAAGAAGAAGACGCCCCCCAAGAGAGAGCGGAAGCCAUCAGGAGGCAGCUCGAAGGGCAACAGCCGGCCGGGCACACCCAGCACCGAGGCUGGCAGCACAUCGUCCACCCUGCGUGCAGCAGCCAGCAAGCUAGAGCAGGGCAAGCGCAGCAGCGAGACACCAGCCGCCAAGCGCUUGCGGCUUGAUGGGCCGCAAAGCCUAUCUGGGAAGUCCACCCCACAGCCGCCCUCGGGCAAGUCCACUCCGAGCAGCGGUGACGUGCAGGUGACCGAGGAUGCCGUGCGCCGCUACCUGACGCGGAAGCCCAUGACCACGAAGGACCUGCUGAAGAAGUUCCAGACCAAGAAGACAGGGCUGAGCAGCGAGCAGACGGUGAACGUGCUAGCCCAGAUCCUCAAGCGCCUCAACCCCGAGCGCAAGAUGAUCAACGACAAGAUGCACUUCUCCCUGAAGGAGUGACCCCCCAAUAAAUGCUGCUCACACCGCCCCCUGC